UCAGUAUGAAGUCAGUAAAUAAAUAUCAACGCUUGCUUCACCACGCCAAAAUGUUCAUUAGCAAAAAAUUGUUGAAAUGAAGCGAAUAAUAUUUGUUCUGUGUUUGCUAUUGUUGUAUUUGUCCGCGUAUGAGGCAAAAGACUUCGUUGACGGUACGAGAAUUAAUAAUUUACUGAUAUCGACGGAGAAAGUUGUUUACAGUGGGAUACCGCUAUUUAAAAGAGACAAGGAUUAUACUUAUGUUGAUCCGAAACAAAGAAUUAUUAAGGGAAUCAUCGCACGUGAUCUGUCUCGAACGAAAGCAGAAGUUACAGUGAAGGAAGGAGGCGUAGGCUCAACCUCUGUCACACUACACUUCCAGAGCGAACGCGGGGAAGGUCUUAACUAUCUCGUACUCAUAUUUAGUCAAAACAAAUAAACUGAAAAAUAAUUACAAUCAAUGCUUAUUUAGUACAUGUAUAACAUAUGUGAUUAUUAUGUUUUCUCUCAUCUAUUGCACAGUGUAAUCUAAUUAUACAGAUAAAUAAUGUCAUAA